AUGGCAGCUCAAAUUCCGCCAGAAUACAGAGACGCCGACGUUGAACUCGAGCCCUUCGACGAACCGCAAACUUUCCAACAUCCGGACUCUCCGCUACCGCACUUUGACGACUUCACGGAGCCUGAGACCCCCGAAAGAACGAUGGAAGCAACACCAAAAUGGAUGAGAACGGCACAGCCGUGGGGGACAGCCCUUUCUCGGAGGGCCGUUGAUCUGUUGAAGCCGAGGCUUGCGUGGGGGUACAUCAUCUGGACGCUCAUCGGGCUCUACGUGCUCUACUGCCUCGUCAUCCGAUCACCACUCUUGGCAUCCAAGUUGCCCCAAUACUCUGGAAGGUACGGUGUUGGCGCGAUCGAUGUGGAAGUCCCUGUUCAAUCACCGCGGCAAACGAGUGAACUGGCUUUCAAGGACGGCAAGCCGGCAUUCGAGCUUGAGACUGUCCUCUUCACGCUGUACUACCCCGCAACCAAAGGUGUUCGAGGAAGGCGACCACGUCACUACUGGAUUCCCAAGCCUGUCAGCUUAACGGCGGAAGGCUAUGCCCGCGCAGCGCACUUUAACAACUUUAUCUCGAGACCGAUCUUCACGUUCGCAUUGUGGGCUAUUGCCGGGAGCAUUACGAUCCCAGCCGAGGUGGAUGUCCCGCUUCUGCCUCUCGAAGAUAAGUCUGGGGAGAAGUUUCCGGUCGUGGUAUUAUCGCAUGGACAGGCCAGCUCGAGGACGGACUAUACACACUACUGUGGCGAGUUAGCGAGCUCGGGAGUCGUCGUGGCGGCGGUGGAGCACCGUGACGGCAGCGGCCCCGGAUCUGUUGUCACCACUGAGAACAGGGAGAGGACGGUGAUGUAUCUCAACAAGAAGGAACUCCGCGGCGGCAAGGAGAUGGAGGAUGACGAUUUCAAGUUCGAGCAGCUUGCCUUCCGGCAGGCAGAGAUUGAGGAGACGAUUGCCGUGCUGAGGUCACUGGACGCCGGCCGAGGCGGCGACGUCUUUGAGAAGAACGCAAGAAAGGAGGGCAAGGACCUGGAGCAGUGGGCGAACCGCCUCAACUUCUCGGAGACGGUUAUCGCAGGCCAUUCGUUUGGUGCCACGGGCGCGUUGCAGGUCCUCCGAGGCGCAACGACGGACGAAAACCCAGCCGUGGGUGGUAUCAUUCUGGACCCGGGAAAGAGCAGCGGGCGGCUGAACACGGAUAUCGACGUGCCGAUCUUGGUGGUGCAUUCGGACUCGUGGUCGAAGAAGGUCACCAUUUUUUUUGGCAGGCCGCACUUUGACACCGUUAGAGAUAUCGUGAAGGAUGUGCUCAAGAGGGUUGGGUCCAGUUGGUUCCUGACGAGCAUGAAGACGAGCCAUCCUAGCGUUACGGACGCGCCGCUUAUUGAGCCUCUUCUGCUGAGAUGGACAACUGGGGCUACGAUCAACGUUAACGAGGGCUUGCGGGAGUAUGUGAGAGUUUCGAUGGAGUUUCUCGACUUCCUGAGGAAUGGCACAAGGCGAGGUGUGCUUUCUGAAGGGGCUACGCAUGAAGAGUAUGGGGAGGAUACGCGGACGGAAGAGCAGAAGGAGCGAAUACCUAAGGAGGUGAUGAAGUACUGGGAGAUUCAUGUCGCGCCACCUCGAGAGGAGUAG